AAUUUGACUAGUACAUUAUCUUAUUAGAUGAUCGAAUGGAAUGUAGACAACUUUCCACUUAAGGUGAUCUAAAUGUUUUGAACAAAUAUGUGACACUUUCUACAAAGGCUCGGUCGGGAGCGAUAUUGAUUAUCGUGCUAAUUGUGUAAAUUGUAACUCGGGUUUGGGUCAUCUGAAUCGUGCCUACAGCGUUCUACAUAUUAGAGUACCGCUAAAAAUUAUCGCAGUUUUACACCCAACGCAUCUGUCCAGAGCAUGUGUAUUUGAAAAUAUUUAACUUUACCCAUCAUUUUCUAGUCAGUUGUCGUGUGGAGCACUCGCGCAUUUCCGUGUAUACAAAUGUACCUCUAACAUUCAUCUAAAAUGAAUCGAGUAGUUAUUUUUGCCGUUUUGUUAAACUGUUUUCAUAUCUACCAUGUUUAUUCCGCGAAUCUACCAGGACCAUUAGUGUACGUUGUAACACCGUCUCCGCGACCGCCACAAGUUGAUAUGGGAAGAUCAGCACCUUUUUACUACCACAAGUGGAUGAGCAGAAUGGAUACUCCACAAAACACAACGGUUACCACCACGACAACUGAGAGAACCAAGACUCCUGACUUGAUAUUCGCUGAGUUCGAAUCCGACAACAACAAUAUGAAAUCAAUUCGAAAACUUCUUGAAAAAGAGAAAAUCAAAUACAAAACGACCACGACGACUACUACGAGUACAACAUCGAGACCUAUCUACGUUCCCGAUGAAGAAGCAAGCAAUGACUCGAGUUAUGGUUUACCAGCGCCGUCGACGGAGAAACCUGUUAACACUGAUAUGACUGACUAUUUUUCCUUGUAUAAUAAUUUGUAUAACUCCGGCCCAGUGUACGUGCCUUCAGUAGCAUCCCCGAGUACGGCACCGUCCCCAACUACCACCACGUCUACAACGACGACGACACAAGCGCCAGUGAAUAAUGUGGAAAAUAUUUGGCAUAUUAUUGACAGUCAGAAACAUGAUCAAUACUCUGGUACAUGGGAAGAAGAACCUAUUAGUUCUGAACAAAGCCAAGAUGAGGAUCAAAACAAAAGCAACUCUGAAAGCGCCGACGUUCAAGAACAAGAUGAUAAGACUGAAGACAAUGUAGGAAUUGACGACAACUUUGCCUUACCAGGAUUUGGUACUAAUCCCGGUAAUGGAGCCGAAAACGAAUCCAGGGCAAUCCGAACAGAACCUAACAUACGUUUUCCUUACAUUGACUUGAAACCGUUUCAAAUGAAAAAUAUGAAAAAGAUCAAUUCCUUUUCGAAUGGCAAAAAGGGGAACAAUAUGUUUAACUUAGACAGUUUUACUGAUAUUAAAAAUCCAGUAAGAGGCGAAGUUCAAGAAUCCGCUGCUCCUGUACGUCAACAGAUAGACCGUUAUAAUCCUGCUCAACCUUACUUGCCGCAGCCACCAACUUACGGAGCCAAAACUAAACCAGCCCCUGCCCCAGCUCCACCGCUGCCACCACCACAACGUCCUCCACAGCCCUCUGGUCCCCCACCACGUCCAAUUAAUGCCGUUGCAAGUCUAGUACCCCCGCCACCCCCGCCUGCACCUCAACUAACAGCGGAUGAUUUCCCAACCCCAAGCACUGACUCUGGCCCGGAUCUAUCUUCCAGCGAUAGUGAUGACGACGGACCGCCUUCGGAUGUUGGGUACAGAUAUAAACCACCUUCUGCUCCUGCUCCUCCAUCACUGCCAUUUGUUCCUACAAUACCUCCUCCUAGCAAACCAUUUUCGGGAUACACCUAUAAUAAACCACAGAUGGCUCAAGAUGACGGAGAUAGUAAGCCUGACUUCCAAGGGUACCAUUAUAAUAAGCCAGCUCCACCUUCACCGCCUCAAGAUGAUGGACCUAGUUAUGGAAACGAUGACAGCCCACCGAUGAUGGACAGCAAACCCGACUUCCAAGGUUAUCAAUAUAGUAAACCAGCACCACCAGCGCCGCCACAAGAUCAUGGACCUACUUAUGACCACCAUGACGAACCACCGCCGUCGUAUCAACCAGACUAUCCAGAACUCAUCUUUGAUAAACCGCAUGGAAGUUUAAAAGGUGGAGAUGCCAUGAAAGGCGGUGAUAUGGGAAUGGUGCCUCCUCCUCCCCAGCCGGAGAUAUGA